AUGUCUCGAACUAUCUACCUACUCGUCUUCAACCAACGUCCCUUCAAGGCUCACUGGUGCCUCUGGAUUCCCGGUGAGGACAACCCGAAUGUCGGCAAACGCAUUCACGUUGAGGGAAGCGUCUCCGAGGGAUUCCGGACCACGAUUACGCACAACUAUGACAUAUCCCGUACUAGCAGGCGCUAUCAACUCAUCGCUCUUGGCCAAGUCAGCAGCCGCCAUAUUGUUGAUCCAAACGCCAGUCUUGGACAGUACGACAGGGCCGAAAAUGACACCCCCACGGACAAAGUCGAGUCAGUCGCCAGCGCCAUUCCUGCUCCUGGACCUAGCCUCGUCUCGGCAUCGAGCUCUCAACGCCACGGCAGAAUCCAGCUCAAUGAUUGUCAGACUUGGCUGACGCAGGUGAUAAGCGCUCUUGUCAAUGAAGGCAUCCUUAACGACGAGGCCAUUAAUAUCAUCCAGAGUGCACCUGAGCAUUAG